UAGCUCAGUGGCAUCACAGUAAUAUAAAAGAUAUGACGUCGUCUAGAAAGCAACCUGAUGUAACGGAGCAUCAGAAAAUACUCUCAAAUCAAGAAAUCCCCCCUGUUACUCCUACUGAAGGGAAAAUGUUUGAGAGUGCAUUAAAACUGGGAGCACCUGUCUUUAUGACAACAUUAAUGUCAGAUGUUGAGGUAAAGAGAGGUGAAAUGACUGAACUAAGUUGCAAGUUCCAGGGAGAUCCCCAACCAUCUAUUUCAUGGCUUAAAGAUGGGGAGCCUAUAAUGCGAGAUCCAAAUUUUGAUGUUCGUAUCAAAGCAAUGUCAUCAACACUGACCAUUUAUUAUCCAACCAUUGACCAUCAAGGUGUCUUCACUUGUAGUAUUGCAAACAAACAUGGAAAAGCAAGUACAUGUUGCAAUUUUAAAGUAACUGAUGAUGAUCAGACAAGGACCUGUUUUGAGCCUCCCCAAGAAUUUAAAGUAACAGAUGUGUCAGCAUUCACUGAAAAAGAAAUGAUAGAAGAAUAACUUAAGUCACUAAUGAGCCCUGUGCUAGACAGCAAAUACACAUUACAGGUACCUCAGGCAGACAUCCACAUACCUCGGACUUCAGACUCCUCCAUUCACUCCUCACCAGUUGAGAUCAGAAUAACUGCUCCAACACCUGUGAUCAGGUUUGUUGAUGAGGCUAAAGACACAUAUGAGCCGAUUGAGAAAGCCUCAGAGUCUCUGGUUGAUGAUAGCACCUUUCAAACCAUAAAGCAUAAGUUCACAUUUUCUUUUGAUGUUGUUGGUGAGGCACCCCAGGUUAUUAGAGAGCUAGAGAACAUAGGUGCUUCAGAGGGCCAGACCGCUAUGCUUGAAUGCAUCAUAAGUGGGGAACCAAUACCUGAAGCCACAUGGUCCCAUGAUGAUAUUUCCCUUAAUCUAAAUAUGAGCAAAUAUAGACUUGAGGUGCAAGACAAAAGAUGUAGACUUUACAUUGAGAAUUUUACAUAUGUUGAUGCUGGAACAUACAGAUGUAUUGCAUCUAACAAAUUCGGACAGGUUGAAAGUGUUGCUGAUGUUUCUUUCGAUUCCACAACUCUGGACUCUGGAUUUUCGUGCAUUGCCAUGUCAGAAGUGAAUGAACCAAAAAAAUCAGCUGAAUUAUCUUCAGAAGCAACUGUAGUUAGAACAAAGCCUUUGACUCGGAAAAGUGAUGAUAGUUUCACUACAUUCAGUCCUGUAGAAUUUCAGGAUUUUGGCAAAACUGAUGAACUUUAUUGGCCACAGGAGGAUGCUCCCAAAAUAAGGCAUGUUAAGAAACCAACAUCAGACAUGCCGGUCAUAACAUGUUGUGGUUUGCAGUCAUCUGGUACAGAGGUUAAAGUAUCAAAACUAAAACAAGCAUUUGAAACACCAACAACUGCCAUAUGUGAGUCUGUUGAGACAAUAGCACAGUCAAUAGAUGAGUCUUAUAUUCCUGUUGAAGAUAUUCCUGAGGUUGCUCUCGAACCUGAGCAAUAUGGAAAGGAACAAACAACUUCCAUGAAAGAGUUCAAAGCAGAUCCUACUUUGGCUGCAGCUAAGACAUUCACCUUAAGGACUUCCUCAGAUGUUUUAGAGGCAGGUCUGGAUAACACACAGCACCCUCUUCAAGAAAAUCCAGGGGACAGAAUGUCUUUUGUAGAAGCAACAUUAUUAGACUCGCACCAUUUUAUAUCAUUAGCAAAUGUUACAGAGGUCCAGCAAUCACCUAAUUUUGUCGGACCCCAGGCUAGAUUUCCAGAGAACAUGACUAGCCUAAAAGACAGUGUUGCCAGCCCUAAAGCAGUCUCAAACAACACAUUUGAGCAAAGAAUUUCAAAGGAGGAGGCAUUUGUUGGACAAAGUGUAAGUCACUUUGGUGGGAGUGACAUUGAUAUCUCUGCUCAAGAAACAUUCAUGUCAGAAACAAAGGCAGCACCAAUGAGUACCAUUAGCAUUCAAAGAUCACAAAUUAAACCUGAGGACAUACCACAUGGUGAAUUAAUGAAAGCCUCAGAUAUGGCAAAACCACGUAUUGUAAAACCCAAUGUCGAGGUUAACAGAGCAUUACAAGCUGACUCAGCUAACAACACUUUUUCAGAGGAUUCACAGUAUCGACAGCAACCGAACAAAGUUGCUAAACUAGGGGCUGCUGGUGUUCCCAAACUUGUGGAAGAAGAAGUUACUUUCAGUGCUGUUUAUGACUACUAUAACCCUCCAUCUGAUUGGGGAAGGCCCCUGUCGCCGGAGUCAGAAAUGUCCAUUGAAGUAGGUAGCACAUUCAGUGAGGAGAUGGCAGAAAUAGAGCAAUUUCACUAG